AUGAAGUGUGUGAGAUGUUGGCUGCCAGGAGCUGCCCUGCUGCUGCUCAGUGUGGCUGGAGUGGACAUGGAGCAUCUCCAAGCUGAGAACCUGAAUCUCCUUCCCCCCGAUGAGCACAACUUGGUCCUGAACAGUGGAAUGAGAGUGCUGCCCAGAGACUGCCAUGAGAUGCUGAUGACCUCUUCAGGCCAAGCCAGAGACGGGGUGUACCUGAUCCAACCAGGUGAUUCCCCCAUUGUGGCCUACUGUGCAAUGCAGGAGGGAGGCUGGACUGUGGUGCAGCAUAUCACCGUCAAUAGCAGCGUGAAUUUCGAUCGUACCUGGGCUGAGUACAAGCACGGCUUUGGGGCUGUAACGGGUGAUCACUGGCUCGGGAACGAAUACCUUCAUCAGCUCAGCCGUGGCCCUGGGCGCUAUACACUGGGAGUAAAACUAGUGGACAGAGAUGCUAUCACCAAGACGGGGGAGUAUGAUCCAUUCCUGGUGGAGGAUGAAUCCUCAGCAUACAGGCUGAGGCUGGGGUUGUUUCAGGGCUCAGCUAUAGACGCUCUGACCCUGGACACAGAGAACUACCUGCAUGACAACCAGAGAUUCACCACUAACGACAGAGACAAUGACAAUUACUUCCAAAAUUGUGCUAAACUGGAGUUUCAGGGGGUGCCGGGAGGAGGUUGGUGGUAUGACGCCUGUGCUGGUGCCAACCUCAAUCGCAGGAAUGUUAUUUACUGGCAGAAGGACUGCAACAAGGAGCGACUGUGCAAGUAUGCAUGGAUGAUGGUGAGACCUUCAGACACAGUUAAAUGGAUUCAAAGUGCAGACUGCAGGAAGGAUGAGCUAUAG